CGCGAGAGUGUGUAGUGGUCUGUGUCGGCUGUUGUGUCGUCCGCGAAUUUGGCAGGCUAGUGGUGUUCAAAUGUUUGAAUUUAAAUAUUUGUGGGCUGUGCCAAAUAUCCCAUGACGUUUCUCUGAUAAAUGUCUGUGUGCGUUUACGUGGCACCAUGAAGAAACGGACUCUAAAGCACGUUCUUGAUGGAUUUCGUUCAUCCGUGGCGCAACCUAGCGCCAAAACCGAACACGUCCCUAUUGUUGAAACACUUCGACCUGAACACUUCCAGGUUGCAAAGACGGUGCGACACGGCUUCCCCUACCAGCCCACGGCGCUCGCCUUCGACCCCAUCCAGAAGAUCCUGGCCGUGGGCACCAAGCAUGGCUCCAUCAGACUCAUCGGACGGCCCGGGGUUGACGCUCACAUGAGGCACGAGAGCGAGGCGGCAGUGCUGUUCUUGGUGUUCCUGGUGAACGAAGGCGCCCUCAUCAGCGCCACGGCCGACAGCAGCGUCCAUAUCUGGAACCUGCGCCAGAAGAGGCCCGAGAUCGUCCACUCCCUCAAGUUCCAGCGUGAGAGGGUGACGAGCGUGUGCCUGGCGCUGCAGAGCAAGUGGCUGUACGUGGGGUCGGAGCGCGGCAACGUCCACAUCGUCAACGUCGAGACCUUCACACUGUCGGGCUACAUCAUUAACUGGAACAAGGCUAUAGACUUGUGA